UCUUCAGUAUCGUUCUGACAUUCGAGCCACGUAUUUCACGCGUCAACUGAACGCAAACUUGUGCGAGAAAUAAGAAAAAAGGAUUUUUAAAAAUUAUUCCAAAAAUUUAAUUAAAUUAAAUUAUAAACGAUAAUGAAUUGUUUAUUUGGAGUAUCGGUUUUAGUGAUUGCAUUAAGUGUGUUGAGUGGAAGUGUUACGGGACAAUCAACGAAUCCUCCUGCUACCACUCCAGUGAACUGCAGUGAUGCUACUAUGAUGAGCAAUAUUGAUAUAUCAGCAUUGUAUGGCACAUGGUACGAAGUUGCUCGCCAGCCCUCAAUAGGCGCUGCUUGCAUUGAAGUUGACAUUGGAGGUUCUUCACAGAGCACUGAUAUUGUGUACGUGAACACUACAUAUGCUUCAAAUAUGAAUAUGCUUAAUCAAAAUAAAACCGUUUCCCAAACAUUCAAUAAAACAUUGGCAACUGCAAAUGGUUCCAUUACUUUGUAUUCUAAUAUCUCAUCAACCAAUUAUUUAUUCAAAGUUUUAAGCACUGAUAAUACGAACUAUGCCUUUGUUUGCGGAUAUACCUCAAAUAAUUCAUCCUCGAUUGGAGUUAUCUUGACACGUACCCGUUAUGUGAACGCGACCUAUUUGGGCAACCUUGAGGCACAAGCCGCAAUCAAUUACAGUGAUUUCUCUGCCACGUCCAUGUACACAAUUACUCAAAAUGAAGGUUGCGUUGUCAGUGGAGCAGCAACCCUUGUGCCUUUCAUUUCGCUUCUGACCGCAUUAGUUUAUAGCUUAAUGAAAUUCUUAAAUUAAAUAUUAUUU